AUGGAUAUUUGCAUUAGUUGGGAACUAAAAUGCUGUCCAAUAAACAUCGUCAUCGACAAGACUAAUGUCCUUCAUUCCGCUCAUUUGCGUCAGUGUCCAACUGACGCAAAUUUGUAUGGCAAAGAAGUAUGUGACGCGGUUGUGGCAAAAUGUCUCACCGGUAGGCCUAAGACGGUGGAGAAGGCCCAGGUCAUCUUUAUGCUUUGGAUUGAAUUGGAGGCUGUAGAGCCUUUCUUGGAUGCAAUGGAGAAGGCGAUAAAAGCCAAAGUUGCUAAAGCUGUUGUACCCGCAAUUGAUGUCAUGUUUCAAGCCUUAAGUGAGUUUGGAGCAAAAGUUGUGCCUCCAAAGAGGAUAUUAAAGAUGUUUCCUGAGCUAUUUGACCAUCAAGAUCAAAAUGUUCGUGCAUCUUCUAAAGGACUUACUCUUGAGCUUUGUCAAUGGAUUGGAAAGGACCCUGUAAAAUCAAUAUUAUUUGAGAAAAUGAGGGAUACAAUGAAAAAAGAAUUGGAAGCCGAGCUGGUGAAUGUAACAGGGGCAGCUAAGCCAUGUCGCAAAAUAAGGUCUGAGCAAGACAAGGAGCCAGAAAAGGAGGUUGUAUCUGAAGUUGUGGGUGCUGGCCCAUCUGAGGAAUCUACAUCUGAUGCUCCUCAGGAAAUAGAUGAGUAUGAGCUCGUUGAUCUUGUUGAUAUAUUGGCUCCUUUGGAGAAGUCUGGAUUUUGGGAUGGAGUGGUCAGUCUUCUUUCUUCUCUCCGUCAAACUAGUUCAGUUUUUUUUUUUUUUGGUUGUAGUGAUUUAAUUUAGGAAUAUUUGGUUUUGAUGUUCCUGUACUGCUAUUAACAUCUUGUGCCUUAUGUCACAGAAAGCAACCAAGUGGUCAUAACGGAAAAAGGCUGUUGCAGAGCUAACCAA